UCCGACAAUAAACAAUUCCCACAGACUACACGCUCCGCACCUCCGCUCGGUCACAGUCGCAGCAGCAGGGAGAAGAAACAGAAGAAGGAGAAGGAGCAGAAGAAUAGAAGGAAAAAAAAAAAACACAGAACCGAGGCAUUUUUUUUUUUUCGGACUAAAUUUUGAUUUUGAAAUCCUGCCUCGCCAUUUCUUUCUUCCUUGCCAAAAGUGUCAACACAGACGCGAGCCGUUUUCAUUGGAUUUGCCUCCUCCUGUCGAAUAAGAACGAUGCUGCUCUCCGGCUGACUGUGGGGAGGACGACGCAGGUCCCCUCCCGUCCGUGUGAGAUCUGCAAAGCUGAAAGGCGCCACCGACAAGAACCACAGCCAGGCCGUAGGACAGACAUCCCAAACAUCCACAGCCACGGAAUGUGUCAACAUCUUUGUGGUGAAAUCCCGCUGACUCCUCACUUGCUUCUCACAUAAGCCUCGAGCCGGGCCUUCUGGGAUCCUACAGUGUUUAAAGGCAUACAAUAAUGCCUGGGAGGCCCACCUGCCCCAGAUUGGCUCCAACUAUGGCUGCUGCCUCGCCGUAGUGCUGACUGUGCCCGCUACAGAGAGGGAUCGCAUCGAGGCAGUGCAUCCUUCAGCCCCCCCACCUCCUGCAGACUCACUCUGUGCAACUGCCUGCCCUCUUUUUUGUGUUUAGGAAGUACAUGCCACUGUCAACCAGAUGACCUAGUGGACAUUUUUUUCCCCUGUAGCAGUGCUGAACCAUACGAGUGGAUCCUAGUAUUGAACAUGACUCAUGGGGAGGAGCCUGGCCCUGAGACACACAAGGAUUCAGCUGUUCUAACUUAUCUGGAAGGUUUACUGAUGCAUCCAGUGGUGGCCGGGCCUGGGGCCACGGCAAGCGGGAGGUCUGAGGCUGCCCACAGCAACCAAGAGCAGGCUGACAAGGUGGGCGGGCCCUUCCAACUGCCCAGUCAUGGCCCAACAGCUCCCAAGGCUGGAACCAAUGGGCCCACUCUAGGUGCUUCGCAGCACCUAAAGAAGGCCCGCCUGCUGCGCUCUGGGGCCUGGAAUGAUCCAGGGAACCAGCGGAUGAGUUCACCCCCGAUGGAGCUGAAUGGCCAAGGAGGAGGUCUGCAAAACGGGUCCCUGGAAGGAUCUCCUCAUGCCGGGGAGAGCACCCUGUUGGCUUCGCUGCUUCAGUCAUUCAGUUCGCGCCUUCAGAGCGUGGCGAUGUCUCAGCACUCUAAUAAGCCCCCAAGUGAGUGUUCCUCUCCAUCCAAGGCGCCACCCGCAGACAAAGAUCCGCUUCCUGUGUACGGGACAGCCUCGAGCCGCUUGAAGGGCCUGAUGAGGAAGAGCAAGCUUCAGAAUCACAGCAACACGCCCUACAGUCGACGGGGACACAGUCAGGACAGACCCCCAGAAUCGCCUCGAUCAGCACACAGCGCCACGCCGCCCUCCGCUCCUGCGACUGCUGACUCUGUGUCCUGCGCAGAGCGUCUGAAGGCCGUGGCCAACAUGGUGAAAAUCCGUUCUAGUCCAGCACCUUCACCCAAGCCCAGCGUGGCCUGCAGUCAACUGGCCUUGCUGCUGUCCAGCGAAGCCCACCUUCAGCAGUACUCCAGAGAGCACGCGCUCAAAGCCCAGCUCUCAGGGAGAUCUGCCAGCGAAAGACUAGCCGCCAUGGCCAACCAGACGCACGGCCCGGACAAAAGGCCACCUAGCGUGGGGGGGACUCUGCCCGGAGCCCCAGACACACUAAGCUCCUUAACAACCCAAAACGGAAUGAUGGCGACAACCACGAUAACAACGACACUCCCUCGAACACCCCUGUCCAGUCCGCAGAGCCCCUCUUUGCUGCGUGGCCACAGCCAAAGCUCCCCACCCACUCCCCCACAUGCUCCAAGCCACACUCACAUCCAACCGCCAAGGGAGAAGCGAGGCUUUGACUCACGCCCGACUCGCCCGCCCCAGACGUGCAGUAGCUUGCUGCUGCUGCUACUCAACAACCACAACAACCAGAAGCAGCUGACCAAGAACGGGCACCUGGAGGACAGCUGCGGUUUAAUGCCACAGAGCGGUUCUUCUUCCGUCACGUCAGACAGCGAGUGCUCCAUCCAGGAGAGGAGCCUGACCAAGGACAGCAGCGACGCAGAGAGCUCCUACUCGAGUUGCUCUCCCAUCGACCUCUCCAUGAGAAACAGGGCCAACACACAAGACACAGGGCCCAAACGUACAACCCUUUCUUCCUCUUUCUCCUCUGCCUCCUUCUCUUCCCCUCCCCUCUCUUCUUCCACCACAGUCUUUUCCUCCACCGCAAUUGCAUUCUCUCCUCAAGCUUCUGCUCCACCCUCCACUACAGCCUUUUCACCGUCCUCUACGGUUGUCUCCUCUGUCUCCACUGCUAUUUCUUCAUCCUCCUCCUCAUCCUCCUCCUCCUCUAUCUCUACCUCCUCCCUGGACAAACUAACAGAAUCUUUAAUAAACAAGUGGAAGCCAGAGCCAUCAGGAUCAAAGGUGUCCAAGAACAAAGAGCCUGAAAUGAGUCCAGACCUCAAAUCCCACUCUAAGGUCACGCUUAUGCAGCUUCUUCUCGAGCGCAGAAAUAAUGAGAUGGCUAAUAAAAACAUAGGUAACCAAGAAUCACCAGUUGAUAUAACUAUGGCCACCAUGUCUCAAGGCCAACCAAAAGGACUAGUGCCCUGGGAAGAGACCAGGACAAAAAGCCCCAUAGAUAGACCAGUAACCCCAGCUCAGCCCCUCUACACAGUUAACCAUGACCCUAGUGGUGCACUGUCCCCAUACUCCUACCCCUCCCCUCAUGUCCAGUCCAGCCCUUUGGAUUUGUGUAAGUCUAAAACCUUCCCUGCUGAGAAGGCUACAGAGUCUGCCUUCAGUGCCAGUAAACUGUUACAGAAUCUGGCUCAGUGUGGCACAGCUUCUUCCUCCCCGCCCAUCCCCCCCACCAAAGGGCUGGGCCCGGAGCUCGACACCAGCAGGCCUCUCGCCCUGUUGGAAAGGCUCAACGCUCCAGUCCACAGGACCACCACCACUCCACUUUCCGACGGGCCCUCAGGCAGCGGCACGCCUUUCAGUCGGAAGGAAGCUUCUCCUCCUUCCUCACAGAUUGAAAACCUUCUAGAGAGGCGCACCGUUCUUCAGCUCCUUCUAGGAACGGGCUCGACCACUGCUACUGCGAGCCGCAAAGAUAGGUCUGGUGGGAGUGGCAGGAGGAGUGUGGAGGUGGCAGGGGGGUGCUAUGAAAAGAGCCCUGGCACCUCCAUCAUCUGUGACAGCUCCAAUGGGCCUGCUUUGGAUGUAAAGGUCAAAACGGAGCUCAUGGAGGAGGUGGGGCCGUCCUCUGCGGUGUAUAAGGACUUUAGUGGCAGAAAAAGACCGAGCAGCUAUGAGAAGAGCAGCCCCCUCUCAGAUUCUCAGCAGGACUUAAAAACAGAACCACGGCCUACAGAGGUCAUAGCAAAAUAUGGCCUUCUAAGCCAGCUGCUUAAACAACAGACUGCUACCUACUAUACCAGCUCUGUUGUUCAGUCUGGGUCACAGCCCAGACAGGUGAAAGAGGAACAGAGGGAAUAUCCAAGCCCCAGUCCUAAGAAGAGGCGCCUCUGUUCUGAUCGGACUGAUAAUAUGAAUAAUACCAGCUCUCCAAGAGCAUUGGACAGUGGGGACACAAACAUUUUUUCCUCUUCUGCUGUUCAGGAAGAGCCUGAGCAGCAGAGGAGUCUGAAAGAGGAGGAGGCUCCUCCCAGGAGCCCACCCAGUGAAACCUUCACCCGAGAGAGUCGGGGCUUCAAUGUGCUCAAACAGCUGCUGCUCUCUGACAACUGCCUGAAGGAGUUGUCCCAGCAGCCCCGUGGGGCACCCAGCCCUUCCGUCCUACAGGCCAAUGGUAAAGCCAACGGCAGCAUUCUCAGUCAGCCUGCCCAUAAUCACAGCUUCCUUCACCUGCCCAGCUGGCACCCUCAUGGUUCCCUCAACUCAGGGCUUCCGAGUAAUCUCAGACCACUGCCCACCCCCCCUGCGAGUAACAGCCCUAUCGGCACCCACUGGGGCCGUCAUCCAUCUCCGUGGCCAGUGGCCCAAAAACGAGACCCGCCUACUUUAGUCAAACAGGAGCCAGAGAGCCCUGUGCGAUGGAGUAGUCAUGAGAACGAGGAGGAGGGUUGUGACUCAAACCCAGACUCUCCACGGCUGUCACGUUCUAACCCCAUCCUUUAUUACAUGUUGCAGAAGGGCAGCAUUCAGCUGAGGAAGGAUGUGAGGGAUCAGGCGGAGGGAACCCAGUCUGUGGUCAGAGUAAAAGAAGAGCCAAUCAGUGACAUGCAUGCCUAUGAACACAGUCUGAGCUCCACACCACAGUCACCUCCCCACAACGACAAGCACAGCCACGAGAGCCAAGGGCUGAGCCAAUCAUCUGACUAG